UUUUAUGGUUCCCGUCUGCCAGCAUCUGCCCACAGAAAGAGAUAAAGCAGAGACAACGUUUGGAGUCCGGGGGGGGGGGGGAAGCGGCCGUCCUUCGGUAGAGCGCGCUUUGGGACUUGAUGCACCGACAACGCUAUUUCUUCAUCGCUUUCACCUCUCUGUCUGAGAACUUACUUUUGUACGGGUUAGUGACCAGAACUGGGCACAAGCAGGGACUGCAACCAGUGCACAGAAAUCUCAGAGUCUGACCGGGUUAAUGAAGCAGCUCACGUGAGCAAACAGAUUCUGUUUGUACGCUCCACACUCGGCCUCGCAGAUGCUCCAAAGUGAAUCCAGCCGCAGCCCCAAAGCUGUCAAGUGAUCAUACAGGAGUUGCAGCUGGACACACUUCCAGCACGUGAAGGUGUCAGGGAUAUCGGAAUGGUCCCUGAAUUCCCACAUCAUACAAGAAAAACAUGACAAGGAUGUGGGAUCUCCUGCCAUGACUUGGCCCUUAAGCUAGUAACAGUUGCAAAGUGAAGAGAAAACAUGAGAAGCAACAAGAAAUAAAAGAUGCAGUUACGCCAUUAUCGUCAAGGUGAUCUCAGAGGGUAUAAAUUGAGAGCACUGGAAAUGAUCAGCUUCAAGUUUAAUGCAAGCACUUUGCCAGCAUCAAGAAGAGUCUCAUCACUUCACAUGGAAAAUGCUUAUUCCAAUUCAGCAUGUGCUUAAAUCAUAUUAUAUGGUUCUUGCGAUUGUUGGUAUAACAGUUAACUUACUGGGAAUUGUGAUCCUAUCCAGUGGAAAGUGUGGUCUCCAUGCCUCCACCACGUGUUAUCUUGUGGCCAUGUCAACGGCGGAUCUACUGGUUGUUAUCACUGAGGUCGUACUGAACCAAAUUAAUUAUUAUUAUCUCCCAGUUUCAUUCUUAUCUAUCACCCCUGUGUGUAGUGCCCACACUGUCCUGCUUCGUGCAGCCACAGAUUGUUCUGUCUGGUUCACCGUCAUGUUCUCCUUUGAUCGAUUUGUGGCCAUUUGUUGCCAGAAACUGAAAGAAAAAUAUUGCAGCAAGAAAACUGGUGUUAUAAUUCUAGCGAUAACUUGUGUUCUGUUAUGUUUAAAAAACUCUCCCUAUUACUUUAUAUUUGACAAGCAAGAAAUAAUCAAUAAUAUACCAUGGUUCUGUUAUCCAAAAGCGAGCUUCUAUACUGAGCCACACUGGGUGGGGUUUGAUUUGUUUAAUACAUUGUUAACACCUUUCAUCCCAUUUUCAUUAAUUCUGUUGCUCAAUGCAUUGACAGUCAAACAUAUUUUAGUGGCCAGUCGAGUCCGUAAGGGACUGAGAGGUCAGAGUAUUGGAGGGAAUCACAGUGACCCAGAGAUGGAGAGCAGAAGGAAGUCUUUAAUUUUACUCGUCACCAUAUCUGGCAGCUUCAUAGUUCUAUGGUUGGUGUUUGUUAUUGAAAACAUGUAUUAUUUCAUUGGAGCAACAGAUCCCACUGACUACACCGAUUCUGAAUAUAUAUUUCAACAAGUUGGAUGGAUGCUGCGAAACUUAAGCUGCUGCACAAACACAUUUAUUUAUGGGGCGGCUCAGUCCAAAUUUCGAGAGCAGGCAAAGAGCGUGGUGAAAUAUCCAGUUAGAUCAAUUAUUGAAUGUAUAAAGAAUAAAAGGUUUUGA